CUCCAGCACAACACUAGUAAUUGGUUUAAGUCAUCAACUCAACAAUUGCAUCCAUCUAUAAAUACCUACAAACCAUUCCCAAAAUACUCAGCACCAUUCACAUUUUCUACUGUCAUAAAAUUACUAAACUUCCAAGCUUCCUCCUCAUAUCAACAAACUCAAAAUGGGGUUUCUUUCUGACCAAAUUUUCCGCCAAUCUGUGUCGACAGCCAGCAAAUCAUCCUCGAGUUUUUUAGGUCAUGUCCCGAAAGGAUAUAUAGCAGUUUAUGUUGGUGAUUACAAAAAGAAGAGAUUUCUUGUACCGAUAUCAUACUUGAAUCGGCCUUCAUUCCAAGAUUUACUAAGCUUAGCUGAAGAAGAAUUCGGUUUCCAUCAUCCAAUGGGUGGUUUGACGAUUCCUUGCAGAGAAGAUACAUUCAAUGAUGUGAUUUCCAACUUGAGUAGAUAAUAUAUAUAUAGGAGCAACCACUCAAAUUAGAGCCAAAAGAAAAUUAUGUAGGAUAGAAAAUACCAAUUCAAUAUAAAUAUUUAUGAGGAUGAACAAUUUUGUCUAAUGAGAAAGUUUAAUGGAUAUAAAUCUUUGUUUUAUGUUGCACAUCUUACUUUUCAUUGUUCCUGUCCUUAUUCCAUUAUUAUUUAAUUCUUUCUAAAUAUUAAAGUCAAGUAGUUAAGUA